AUGGGUAGUGACGUUGAUUUGAGGAAUGAAACCGAAGCGAAGAACAGCAACCAUUUUGGGAAAAGGACAAAUUUGGAUCGUAGCUCGGUGAAGCGUCAGCGUGAUGGCAAAGGUGGCGAUUCUCUCCAUAGAGCAUGCCCAAAUGCUGCGGAUGUCCAACGUGCUGUGGCAUGUGGAGGGGGAGAGGCGAAGGACGCAGCAGAUGGUGGAAAACUCUCUCGGACCCGGGUCGGUCGGCUCUCUGAUCCGGUAUAUCGAAUCAUGCACAUGCUGCCUCGUUCUGACGUCCUUGAAGUGGUUAAAUGUCGCUUUGGUCCCGAGGAGUGCCAGCGAGCGGCCUCGUACUUCGACAAAUCUUUCAUGGAGAACCCUCUGAGGCAUCUACGAUUGCAGAUCGGGUGCGAUCGCGCGACGGGGCUUAACCUCUUCUUUCCGAAGUUGCAGCAUCACCGGGGAACGCUGCGGCACCUUGACCUAUCUCGUAACCGUUUAGAUGAGGACGAUGUGGCAACAUUGGUGCAGGUACUUGAUAUCCGUAGGGAUGAAACAAACAACAAUUCCUCGGCCCUUGAGGUUUUAGACUUGAGUUAUAAUCGCCAUAUCGGUGACCGUGGCGGUGUGAUGCUUCUCAGCGCCCUGCGCGGCAAUGACCGUAUUCGUGCUGUAAUUCUCAAAGGUAUUUCUCUGAGCGACGCUGGUGCAUUUGGGAUAGCGGCGUUGUUGCCGCAGCGACCCAAGCCACUUCUGUGCGGCGAGGGAGGUGGUUGUGAUUAUCCCUUGUCCUCAUCAGCUAGCGUGUCACAAAACCCCACGUUUUUCUUGAAUCUAAAUGAAAACAUUAUCGGUGUUAAAGGGAUUGGCGCCCUAGGGAAGGGGAUCCCUUCUUACGUCUCUGUCACUGCUAGUAGACAAUAUCCUUCGUUUUCAUCGCGACGUUCGGCACGCGUGAUUCGGUGA